AGCUGUAAUGAUAGUAUUGUCCCAUCAUAGACGUUCACAUCCGACACUACAAAACCACUGUGAAUAAUAAGUUGUGUGCACUUGACAUUUUUUCAAAAUCAUACUAUCAAUUGACCUCAUGUAGCGAUAGAUACAUCCUAAGUGGGGCGUAUUACCAUUAUUGUAACACAAUAGGUUCCUAGAUUUAUAUCCUCCCGCAUUUAAUCAGUUCGAUUUGAGAGCCAGACAUGGAGGGUGGUCCCAACAUUCAGGAGACUGAGGUCUCUACAAGGGAUUCAACUGAAGAUGACUUGCCAAGGGGCUGUUUCAACUAUUUUUGCCAUCCUCGACGCGGGGCACAUAGAUUCAUUGUGCUUGUCUUUUUGUGCUUUCUAGGUUUUGGUUCAUAUUUUUGUUAUGACAAUCCAGGGGCUUUAGAGAAUAAAUUUCUGAAUGACUUGCAUCUAAGCUCAACUGAAUAUGGCCUUCUAUACUCACUUUAUUCUUGGCCCAAUGUUUUCAUGUGCUUUAUUGGUGGUUACCUUAUUGACAGAGUUUUUGGUAUCAGGCUUGGUACCAAUAUAUUCAUGGGACUUACUCUUUUAGGACAACUUGUCUUUGCUCUAGCAACGUAUUUGAAUUGGUUUUGGAUGAUGCUGGUUGGAAGAUUCAUUUUUGGUAUUGGCGCUGAAUCGCUGGCUGUAGGACAAAACAACUAUGCUGUUCUGUGGUUUAAGGGAAAAGAAUUAAAUAUGGUUUUCGGUCUGCAAUUAAGCUUCGCCAGAGUUGGAAGUACCGUUAACUACGAAGUUAUGGGUCCCAUUUACAAUUGGGUGCAUAAGUCUUUUAGCGGUCCUGAGGGCAUGGGCAUUGUUUUAUUUAUUGCUUCUGCAACAUGUGUUUUGUCAAUGUUUUGCUCUUUAAUAUUGAGCAUAUUUGAUAAAAGGGCUGAAAGAAUGACCAACAGGAAUGCAAGUGGAUCAGGAGAAGUUGUUAGAUUAACUGAUGUUUUUACAUUCAAAACAACAUUUUGGUUUAUCACAGUAAUCUGUGUAGCGUAUUAUGUCGCUAUUUUCCCCUUUGUUUCUUUUGUACAGAAGUACUUUAUAGAAAAAUUCCACAUGACGGAAGACGAAGCAAGUUCAGUGGCUGGUAUAGUGUACUUGAUUUCUGGUAUCGCAUCUCCAAUUUUAGGAUUGUUAAUUGACAAAAUCGGGCGUAAUAUCGUCUUUAUUUUGGUGGCUAUCGUUUUCACAAUUGUCUCACAUUCAAUUAUUACAUUUACUUCAAUUGAUCCUUACGUUGGAUUGAGUAUAAUGGGAGUAUCAUAUUCAGCACUCGCUAGCAGUUUGUGGCCUUUGGUAUCUCAAAUUAUUCCUGAACAUCAGCUAGGAACGGCUUACGGAGUGUGUCAAUCCGUCCAAAAUUUGGGUCUUGCGGUUAUGGCGAUUGUCGCUGGAACAAUCAUCGACCACUUUGGUUUUAAAAAUUUAGAAAUAUUGUUUAUGAUUUGCUUAUUUAUUUCUUUAAUGGCGACCAUUGGGUUGUUUGUCCUCGAUAGGGUUCAACACGGAACACUUAACAUGACACCAGCUCAACGACAGGCUUUAUUAAACGACGGGAAUCCUGUGAUAGUGGAAAGACAAAGCAUAGUUGGUUGUACAUCGACCGAAAAUUUGACUGACAGCGAUUUUCAUGUGAGACACAGCAUUCCUCCAAAGGAAUCGGUCAGUGCAAAUGAAUGAAAAGUACAAUUUAAGACAAUUUAAAUAAUAUAAUGACGUGAUAUUCUAAGAUUAAAAGACUACUCCAAACUUAGAUAAAUACUAAGUUAGAUCUAUGAAGAAUUUUUAUAUAUAUAUAUUUAUAGGUUUGUUGAAUGUGAUAGAGACCAUUUUUAUUUUUGUAUAUAGGUGUACUUAAAUCGUUAUAUUUUGUACAAAAAGAUAUAUGAGGGUUAUCUCUAUCUAAUUUCCUAAUUAGGGUUUACAAUACAAAUAUAUAUUAAAAUUGA